AUGGCAGACGGGGGUGCGGGGGGCCAGGAAACCGCCGCGCGCCGGCGCACGCCGUCUGGGGCCCGAGGGGCUGGGGGACGCGGGUACCCCGACCCCGCAGAGCUUCCAAGGGCCGCCCCUUCUGCCCCGGAGCUCCAGGAAGCGGCCUCCGCGGCCACUGACCUGAGCCCAGAAAACGGCCUUUUCGGGGACGGGGCACCAUAAACCUGUGGCGCGGAGGGGUGGGGGGCUCGGGCUGGAGCUGGCGGGAAGGUCGAGGAAGUGACGACUGAGGAGGGCGCCAUCUUCACGGAGGAGGCGGAGGGGGAGGUGGGGAAGCAGCAGGUGGGAAAGGAGAUGGAGGUGGCGCUGAAGCUGGUGGGGGCGGAGGAAGGCCCGGGGCCCCUGAGCUCUGGUGGCCCAGUUGUGGACCCGCUGGAAGCCAUGCAGUGGGAGCUGGAGGCCGUGAGUGCCCAGGCGGAUAGGGCCUACCUGCGGCUGGAGCGCAGGUUUGGUCGAAAGCGCUGGUUACAUCUAGCCCGAAGGAGCUUCGUCCAGAAUAUUCCUGGCUUCUGGGUCACCGCUUUGCUGAACCACCCGCAGCUGUUAGCCAUGAUCAGCCCCCGAGACGAAGACAUGCUUUGCUACCUGAUGAAUUUGGAGGUGAGGGAGCUCAGGCAUGCCAGGACAAGCUGCAAGUUCAAGUUCAGUUUUUGGAGCAACCCCUGUUUCCGGAACAAGGUGAUAGUGAAGGAGUAUGAAUGCAGAUCCUCAGGCCGGGUGGUAUCAAUCGCAAGUCGCAUUCGCUGGCACCUGGGCCAGGAACCUCCAGCUCUGGUACACAGGAACCGGGAUACUGUCUGCAGCUUCUUCAGCUGGUUCUCACAGCACAGUCUCCCGGAAGCUGACAGUGUUGCCCAGAUUAUUAAAGAGGAUCUGUGGCCCAACCCCCUGCAGUACUACCUGCCCGGGGAUAGGCCCCACUGAGCCAGGCAAGGCCUAGUAAGGUGGCCCACAGAGGCCCCUUCUAGGCCCUAUGGGUUCCAGUCUGGCUAAGUCCUGCCCUGGGACCUGGCCCCUACAUAAGACUCCUUUCUGCCUUCUGGGGGACCUGUGCGUAGGCCAGCCAUGGCACUCUGCUGUCUGCGUUCUGUUCCGUGUACACUGACCCCUUUGGACUUCAGUGGGCUCAGCUCCAAGAUUGUGGCCUUCAUGGCCAAGCUCUUCUGUUUCCAUGUAGGCUCCAUGCAUCACAUGACUGACACAUGCCACUGUGUUGACCCAAGCACCCAGUGCUGUGGCCAUGUACUGCCAUCAUCUUUAUGGCCCGGACCUGUCUUUGAUCAUGGCCUUCCCACCCAUUUUUUGACAUGGGCACCUGCAAGUCAUCACUAGGAGACCAGUGCCUCUUUGAGGCUUACUACUUUAGGGUCGCAACAUGCUGGGCUCCAUAUUUAUAAGCUGGCCCUGCACCGUCUGUGGCAAGCUGAGUCUUCUCACUGAAGAGGAAGUGGGUGCAUUUGGUGCUGGCUGUCAACCAGAUUUGGACAUUCCAGGACCUCAGGACCAUAGGCCAGGCUACUGGACUGUUGGGCAUCCAGCAGGAUGGGCAUAGGUGAGGUCAAGGACAUGAAGCAGCAGACAAUGUUCUCUGUGAUCACACUGCUCUUCUUACCCCUGUGUU